CAGUCGCGUGUGGAAGUGAACCGAGUUCCCCCUCAUCUCCUUCCAGGUGAAACUGGCUCGAGGUCACUCACACCCCGUGUUUUCCUUCUGUUGAAUCACCUCGGCCAGAAAACAAACAUGGUUUUCCUGACGCUGCCUUGUUGGAUCAGAAGCCGCGGGCCCGACAGAUACUGGAAAGUUCAAGAAGUUCUGAAACACGCGCGGCACUUCAGGGGCAGAAAGAACCGCUGCUACACUCUGGCAGUGAAGGCCGUCAGGAGAGCUUUCGUCUACGCCACCCAAGCCCGGAGGCUGAAGAAACGCAGCAUGAGGACGCUUUGGAUUUCCCGCAUUGCAGCAGCUUCCCGCGAGCACGGCAUGAAGUAUCCUGCCCUCAUGCACAACCUUACAAAGACCAGCGUUCAGCUGAACCGACAUGUUAUCAGUGAUCUGGCCAUCACAGAACCUCGGUCAUUCCUGUCACUCGCUAAGCUGGCACAGGCUCGGCGGCAGGAGGGCUUCAAUGCAGCGCUGGGCGACGGCAAAGAGCCUCCUGGUGUCUUCUCCCGAAUUGUUUUAUUACAAUAAACAGCUUGCUACAGUGAUGUAUUUCCAGUUGCUGUGUGGUUUGAAGAGCAUCACCUUGGAUUGUUGUUGAUCUUGAAGAUGUCCAGACAUGCACUCACCUCUUGCUUUACAUAGGCUGUUUCACCAAGUAUUUUUCACUCUUGUUGAUCAGUAUACCAGGGUUGUCCCAUGUUUAACAACCCACAGAAAAGACUUACGUUGCCAUCAGUGUCUGAACUCCAUUAGGUACAUGGUUUGCCUGGGGCUCUUUCUGAAGAGUUCACUGGCUGACACUUUGUUAUCCACUGCCUGAUCAGUGUCUCUUGCCUGUCUGUCCCACGUAAAUCAGCACCACACUGGUCCAGAGUUUAAAAAAGAAAAAUGUCCCUGUUACUAACCCCUCUUCCUUCUGUCUGACAAAGAGUUGCCAACAGAUCCUAAUCCCUGAAGUAGAAUGGGAUGUUCUAUCUUAUUGAAGGACACUUUGGCAGGACAGAUGAUUACUGUUGAAGUGCCUUGGUCUUAGACCUUCCAGGACGGUUACUUUACACGGUGUGGUCCCCUGCACACUUGCUACUCAAACCCAUUCAAAAGAAGAGUUUUGUCAACUGUAUAAGACUUCUGUUAAAGCCCCUGCUAUUCAUUAUUCAUUGUGUGACAGUGCUUACAAUGGUUUACUUGACCAGACAUAAACUCAGUUCAUCAGACUUCAGUUCUGCACUGAAUCAUCAGUCGAGCAUCAUCAUAAUCCAAGAUCUGACAUUUAAAAAGCAUAGCAACUGUUUGUCUGUACACACCUGCGCCUGCUACAUUCACUGACUUCGGUACAACAUACUAUAGCAAUGUUCCUGAGCUGCUUUCCUCCAGAGUCAACAUAGAGGAUGUGAUUAUUAAUUUCCAAAACUUGUCUUGUGUUCACCACAUGCAACCUUUGUUAAAUUAGGAUUUGAUGUUAUUGGAUUGUGAGUUUUUUUGGAGGUUGUGAAGAAAAGAGUGACCUCAAGUGAUAUCAUGUGAUGACUUGUCUGUGUAAAUAUGUAUUUUACCCUUUGUUUUCAUAAUGUUUAGUUCAUUAAACAUUUUGAUAUUUA